CUCGCAUUUGAAAGUUGUUCCUUGGCGGCAACAAAAAAUUAGGGUGCCUCUUUUUUUUUUUAAACCGUACCUUUGCCACUCUUUAUCAUUUUUCUCUUUCGUUAAGACCAAAAAGAAAGUAUAUAAAAAGGUAACGAAAGAAAGUCUAAUUCCAUGGUUGGAGAAUCAACCAUUUCCAAAAGAAACACUCACCAUGUGGGUCUUCAUACUUUUCCCUCUUCUUUUUUUUCUCUCACAUUGCGGCAUAAUUUAUAAACGACAGAAGGGAGCAGCACCUAGCACAAUAACUUUUCUCUUUACACACAACAAGCAAACACACAUUCCAACGGAUCGACUAGCGCUUUUUUCAAUCUUAACGUACGACUACGUCUGUAUACGCACGACAUAACAUCAGCACAAUGUGGAAAAGCACAUUGGGUUUAUUAACAACUUUGGUGGCGACUGUCGCUGCGCAGACAGCGGAUACGUACAAGAUUGAUAAACUUCCUGGUCUCGAGGCUACUGAAGCAGAAAUUUUAUCCCAAUAUGCUGGGCAUAUUGAAAUUGCUCCAGAAACUCACAGCAAUUUGUUCUUUUGGAUGAUUGAACAAGCGAAUGAAAAGAACACUGAGAAGUUGAUUAUUUGGUUGAAUGGUGGACCGGGUUGCUCAAGCAUGGAUGGUCUAUUUCUGGAAAACGGACCUUAUCGUAUCAAUCCAGACUUGACAGUGAAUAUAUCCUCGGGUGGAUGGCAAGAUCAUGCUACCGUUGUAUACUUGGACCAACCAGUCGGCACUGGAUUUAGUUUUGCAGACAUGAAUGGUUAUACAAAGGAUAUGAAUCAGAUUGUCGAUGGAUUCAUGGUCUUUCUCGAAAAAUUCUUUGAUAUCUUCCCACAUUUAAAGGAGCAGGAUAUGUACCUUGCAGGUGAAAGUUAUGCUGGCACUUAUAUUCCCUAUUUCACAACACGGAUACUUCAAGACAACAAAAAAGCGGAAGAUGAUAUCAAGUACAAUAUCAAGGGCGUUGCCAUUGGUAACGGCUGGAUUUCUCCUGAGCAUCAGUAUGACGCAUAUUAUGAUUUCGCUGUGGCAAACAAUUUGCUGCAUGAUAAUUAUAAGAAACUAGCCGAAACCACUUUGGACAAAUGCCACAAGGCUCUGAAAGAGGAUGGUGACAAUGUGGCUGUCCAUUCGGAUACUUGUGAACGUGUUCUGACAACCAUUAUCGAUAGCUCUGUCUAUAUUGAAGAUAAUGCAAAGUACUGCAUUAAUCAAUACGAUAUCCGACUUACCAAUGAAGAAUAUCCUUCAUGUGGUAUGGCAUGGCCUUAUGAAUUGGAUGAUGUUACAGACUAUUUGCGGACACCCGAACUUGUAAAAGCGGUUCAUGCGGAUAAACAAUCGGGCGGCUGGACCGAAUGCGCAAGUGCAGUGUCACGGAAAUUGGAUGACAAAAACAGCAAGUCUGCAUAUGGCUUACUCCCAGGAAUAUUGGAAGAAAUUCCUGUAUUGUUGUUUAGUGGUGAUCAAGAUCUUAUUUGUAACAUUCUCGGUACCCAGUACCUGAUCAGUAAUAUGACGUGGAAUGGCGCAAAGGGAUUUAAGACUGCUGUAACGCAAGAUUGGCUGAUUGACGAAAAAAGCGUGGGCUCCUACACAGAAGCACGGAAUCUGACCCUGGUUGUGAUCAACGAGGGUAGCCACAUGGUACCUUACGACAAGCCGAUCGAAACACUGGACAUGAUUAAUCGCUUCAUGGGUGUGGGCGAUAACCAAGUUAAUGGCGUUGCGAGUCGUGUCGGUGAUUCAUCCGUUGUGAAACCUCAAGGUGACGAGACCAACCCUCCCAAAGACAACGACGACGAUAGUUCUUCUUCUGCUUCCGCCGGAGAAGAAGAGGAAGAUCCAUGGGCCCAGUACUAUAGUUGGGGCACGUCUGCUCUUAUUGUGGUUCUUUUGUUUGCCGGAUUGCUUGGCUACUGCUGGUACCGUAACAGAAAAAACAAGCAGCAACAUGGUUACGAGCGUCGACCCUCUGCUUCGUCACGUGGUGCCCCUGCAUCGUCAACGACUGUGUUUGGUGGCGGUUUUCUAGGUCUCUUUGGCAAAGGCAAGCGUAACAAGCGACCUAAACUUCGCUUGGAUGAUCAAGAUGAUACAAAUGAACUGGACGAGUUGGUAAUUGAGACACCCACGCUGUUCGCUGCCGAAGACUACUCCGAUGACGACCAUCAGCAUCGAUCCGGUGCUACUCCAGAAACCAAUAACAACGAUUUAUCCACGAACAGCAAUAAUAACAGCAGCAGCAACAAACAAACACGGUUUGCAAUUGCUGAAGACAAUGACGAUGAUGAUUUUGAAGACUUUGCCGACUGGGACGAAGAGUCCAACAUUGUAGUAGACAACAAGGGUGACAAGCGACAUUGAUCUCGUCAAUACUCGCUGUCUCGUCUGUUUCCUUAACUCUGUGCCUAAACCCUCUUUCUUAUUAUUACACACAUACUAUACUCUCUUCUCACUCACAUCCUCAUCCUCUCUUUCUCUCAUGCACAAACACACAUCAAAAAGAUAUAAGUUUACAUUUAUUAUUUAAUAGAGAAAAAAAGAAGAAUAUAUACAUCGGAAUUGUAAAGGUCUGCUUAAGUUCUACUGUACUUUAAACGCCUUUUUAAACCGAUUCAAAAAUGCCAGAAAACUCGUUGCAGGUC